AUGGAUUCGAGGCCCCGCGAGACUGACGCCCCCGACGACCCGGUCAACGGCGCCGCCCCUCCGCUGGCCGCGGCGGUGACGGCCGCGACCGGGGACGUCGAGAUCAUCAGGCCCCUCAACGACAAGCGUGGGUACCGCCGCGUCGUGCUCCCCAACUCGCUCGAGUGCCUGCUCAUCAGCGACCCCGACACCGAUAAGGCGGCGGCGUCAAUGAAUGUUUCGGUGGGGUACUUCUGCGAUCCCGAUGGGCUAGAGGGGCUGGCGCACUUCCUUGAACAUAUGCUUUUCUAUGCUAGUGAAAAAUAUCCAGAAGAAGACAGUUACUCAAAGUACAUCGCAGAGCAUGGUGGUUCAACCAAUGCUUUCACAUCUUCUGAACACACAAACUUCUAUUUUGAUGUGAACAGUGAUAGCCUGCAUGAUGCUUUAGAUAGGUUUGCACAAUUUUUUAUCAAGCCAUUGAUGUCCCCAGAUGCUACACUUAGGGAAAUAAAAGCUGUUGACUCUGAAAAUCAGAAAAACCUUUUAUCAGAUCCUUGGCGAAUGAGUCAGCUUCAGAAGCAUCUUUGUGCAGAGAAUCAUCCUUAUCAUAAGUUCAGCACUGGAAAUUGGAAUACUCUUGAAGUUAAAGCAAAGGAGAAAGGAUUGGACACAAGGCUUGAGCUUAUUAAAUUUUAUGAUUCACACUACUCAGCCAACUUGAUGCAACUUGUCGUGUAUGGAAAAGAGAGUCUCGAUAGCUUGCAGAACCUUGUUGAAAAUAAGCUCUGCGAUAUUAGAGAUGUUGGGAGGAAGCCAUUUUCAUUUCCUGGGCAUCCAUGUACACGUGAACAUCUCCAGAUUCUUGUCAAAGCAGUUCCCAUUAAACAAGGGCACACUUUGAGAAUCCUAUUUCCAAUCACUCCCAAUGUCCAGCGUUACAAAGAAGGCCCUUGCAGGUACAUUAGCCAUCUGAUUGGUCAUGAAGGAGAAGGAUCUCUUUUUUACAUACUUAAGAAGUUGGGAUGGGCUAUGAGUUUGGAAGCUGGUGAAGGGGAUUGGAGUCAUGAUUUUUCUUUCUUCUCUGUUAUUAUUCAGCUCACAGAUGUAGGCCAGGAACACAUGGAGGAUACUGUUGGACUAUUGUUCAGAUAUAUAAAGUUGCUGCAGACCUCUGAAACUCCUAAGUGGAUAUUUGAUGAGCUUCAAGCUAUCUGUGAGACAGGAUUCCACUAUCGAGACAAGAGCCCUCCUAUCAAUUAUGUUGUAAAUAUUUCUUCGAACAUGCAGUUUUUUCCACCAGAAGAUUGGUUGAUUGCAUCAUCUGUGCCAUCAAAGUUUUCACCAGAUGCUAUUCAGAAUAUUUUAAAUGAAUUAACUCCUGAAACUGUAAGAAUAUUCUGGGAAUCGAAAAACUUUGAAGGGCAAACAAACUUAACAGAGCCAUGGUAUGGUACAUCAUAUUCUGUCGAAGCUGUCCCUCCAUCAAUCAUACAGAAAUGGGUAGAGAAAGCCCCUGAGGAAGAUCUACACCUGCCAAAACAAAACAUCUUCAUUCCAAGAGAUCUUUCAUUGAAAAGUGUAGAGGAAAUGGUAAGUUUUCCUGCUAUGCUGAGGAAGACACCAUUUUCAAGACUCUGGUACAAGCCCGAUACAAUGUUUUUCACACCCAAGGUUUAUAUCAAGAUGGAUUUUCAUUGUCCACUGUCUCAAAGCUCACCCAGGUCAGCAGUUCUUACUGAUGUAUUCACGAGGUUGCUUAUGGACUAUCUGAAUGAUUACGCUUAUGACGCUCAAGUUGCUGGCCUCUAUUAUGCUGUUAAGCCAAAUGACACUGGUUUUCAGGUAACUAUGGUUGGCUUCAAUGACAAAAUGAGAACCCUUCUGGAGACUGUUAUUGGCAAGAUUGCAGAAUUUAAAGUUAAGGUUGACCGUUUUUCUGUGAUAAAGGAAGCUAUGACAAAGGAGUAUGAGAAUUUCAAAUUUCGGCAGCCAUACCAGCAAGUAUUGUAUUAUUGUUCGCUGAUACUGGAGGACCAAGCGUGGCCAUGGGAUGAGGAAUUUUCUGCACUUUCCCACCUCGAAGCUAGUGAUCUAGAAUAUUUUUUGCCUCAGUUGCUGUCAAAGACCUUCAUUGAGUGUUAUUUUGCAGGUAAUAUUGAAUCCAAUGAAGCAAAAAAUAUCAUUCACCAUGUUGAAGAUGUCUUAUUCAAUGCACCCAUUAGUGCUUGCAAGCCACUAUCCCCAUCACAGCAUCUUGCCAAGAGGAUUGUAAAGCUUGAAAAGGGUUUGAGAUACUAUUAUCCAGCAAUGUGCUCAAAUCACCAAGAUGAAAAUUCUGCCCUUCUGCAUUAUAUUCAGACUCAUCAGGAUAAUGUCAAGCAAAAUGUUCUACUUCAACUACUUGCUCUUGUUGGCAAGCAGCCAGCUUUUCAUCAAUUGCGAUCAGUUGAGCAACUUGGCUACAUAGCGCUGCUUAGGCAAAGGAAUGAUUCAGGUGUCCGUGGGUUGCAAUUUAUAAUCCAGUCAACUGUGAAGGAUCCUGCCAAUCUGGAUGCCAGAGUUGAAAAUUUUCUCAGGAUGUUUGAAGGCACUCUCUACCAGAUGUCUGAUGCAGAGUUCAAGAGUAAUGUAAGUGCUCUUAUUGAUAUGAAACUGGAGAAAUACAAAAAUAUCCGUGAGGAAUCAGCUUUCUUCUGGGGAGAGAUUUCUGAAGGAACCCUCAAAUUUGAUAGAAAACAAGAAGAGGUUGCUGCACUGAGGGAGCUCAAGAAGGAAGAGUUGAUAGACUUCUUCAAUGAUCAUGUGAAGGUCAAUGCACCACAAAAGAAGAUUCUUAGUAUACAAGUGUACGGUGGUCUCCAUUCUGCCGAGUACGAAACAAUAGUGCAAAAUGCUCCGCCACCGCAGUCGUGUGAGAUAACUGAUAUUUACAGCUUCAGGAGAUCGAGGCCUUUAUAUGGAUCAUUCAGGGGAGGUAUUGGUCAGAUGAAGUUAUAA